UUUACGAGUAAAACGCGGCGUUUUGUUCGUCACAAUGUCAUCGAAACGGCGACGUCUACUACUUUCCCAGAAUUAUCAUCGACUAAAAAGUCCAUCCAAAUAGCCAUUUACGAGAUCCCAGAAACCAGACCAGAUAAUUCCUUGUGCCUGCGACGAUGCCGUACUACACGAGAAAUGAAGAUGAUGUCGACGAUUUCGACGCGUACGAUCCUACGCCGUAUGGAGGAGGCUAUGACAUAGCGCUAACAUAUGGUCGCCCUCUCGAGCCGUCUGAGGAGAUAUGUCACCGCCACUCUGCGUCGGCUGAUGAUCCUUUCGACUACGAACGCCCAGUGUUCUCCUCCUACGCCGAACCCUCUGCUUACGCCGAUGAGGCCCUGCAGACGGAGUACAGUAGCUAUGCCCGACCCAAACCCCGACCUGCAUAUGGCUUCACUCCUGGUGGUGGAGCUCCUGGAGGAGGGGAGUAUGGGGGCAGGCCCGAGCAUGGAUCGGAGCCUGCUUAUGGUUCUGGUGGCUAUGGCAGGAGGCCUGAGUCCGAAUCAAGCUAUGAAUCUGGAUAUGGGCGCAAGCCAGAGUAUAAGGAACCCGGAUCUGAUAUUGGAUCUGGUUAUGGCAGGAGGACUGAUUCUGAGUACGAGUCCGGGUAUGGCGGGAGGACUGGAUCUCAAUAUGGAUCGGAAUCUGGCUAUGGAUAUGAAGGGAGGACACAAACUGAAUAUGGCUCUGGGUACCAAGGAUCCGGGUAUGGCGGGAGGACUGAAUCUCAAUAUGGAUCGGAAUCUGGCUAUGGAUAUGAAGGGAGGACCCAAACUGAAUCUGGCUCUGGGUUCCAAGGGUCUGGAUAUGGAGGCAGGAAGCCAAGUUAUGGGGAGGAAGAUAGGCCUGAGUACCCUCCUCCGGGUUAUGGAGGUAGGCCAGACUAUGGAAGGCAAAGUGAAGGAGGGGAUGAAUAUGGAAGGCCCAGUUAUGGGAGGUCUGAAGAGGGAGAAGGCUAUAGGAAGCCAUCUGGUAGGCGUGAUGAUGAUGAUGAUGAUGAUGAUGAGAACCGCAAGUACAGUUAUGGUGGUGAUGGCGAGAGCUAUGGCCGCAAGAAAUAUGGAGAUGAUGACUCUGAUGAUGAUGAGAAGAAACAGCGCCACAAGCAUCACCAUCACCACCACAAACACUAUGAUGAUGAGUGAUCAAACUGAAAGGUUCUCGGUGAAUGGAAUUCAUGCCUCACUGGUAGCUACUAAAUAAAGGGUUGUGGCAUGUGUUCUUUUGGGUACUUCUGUCUCUAAGUGUUCUAAACUUAAGUUUGUGCUGGUUAUUAAUAAGCAUGUGUGUGUAUGUCAAUAAAAUCCCAAACAUUCGGGUCUUUGAUGACACUAAUGUCAUGUCUUUGUGCAGUCUCUCUA